AUGGGUAGUUGGGAGAGAGUAUCACUGAGCGUGGUAGUGACUGUGUUGUUCCUCUUGACAACGUCGUUGGCGGAAAAGGAGAAACCAGGCAUUGCGGUGUACUGGGGGCAGAACCCUGGAGAUGGGAGCUUGCAGGAUACAUGUAACUCUGGCAACUAUAAGAUUGUCCUUAUGAGUUACCUCAAGGAAUUCGGUUGUAACAGAGACCCAUCAUUAGAUUUUGAUGGGCACUGUGGUGUGGGAAUCAAGCCUUGUAAGAGUCUACAUUCGGAAAUACAAGGGUGCCAGAAAAAAGGUGUGAAAGUGCUCCUUGCCCUCGGUGGACCGAGUCAAUCCUACUCCCUUUGCUCAUCCGACGAUGCAAAUGUGGUUGCCAAUUACCUCUACGAUAACUUCCUCAGUGGUCAAGGAGGCCCAUUUGGUAAGGUUACCUUGGAUGGCAUUCAUUUUGAUAUUCAAAUCGGUACAACCUCUUAUUGGGAUGACCUUGUGAAUGAACUCGACAACAUCAGAGAGGACAAGGACACUAAAUUUUCCUUGUCCGCAGCCCCUCACUGUUUUCUCCCAGACCUCUACCUUGACAAGGCCAUCAAAACUGGCAAAUUUGAUUACAUCCAUGUUAAAUUCUUCGGUAGAAAGACGUGUGAGUUUUCUGGUGAUGACGCUUCACAGGUUCUCAAGUCAUGGAAGGCUUGGGUCAACAAUGUUAAAGACUAUGAGGAUACCUCCUUAUUCAUGGAGCUACCGGCAGCAGCAGAUCAGGAAGGUUAUAUACCACCUCAACAUCUUAAGGAGGAUGUCAUUCCCUACAUAACCCAAGCUCCCUCCUUUGCAGGAAUUACUCUCUUCGACAGAGCACAUGAUGUUAUUUCUCGAUACAGCCAAAUGGUCAAGUCUUCUAUUAGUCCAUCAAAUGCUCGCAGAUCACCUUUUUUACAACCAAUUUAG